CUUCCCCAAUUCCGUAUCUCAUGGCGACGGUCCUUUUCCCAUCUUCCAAAAUAAUGCUGCCUCCUCCUCCUCCUACAGAUCAUUCUUAUCAAAACGAAGCAAACGGCGAAGAGCAAACCUACCACCAUGAGAAGCAGAUCUCGGUAGAUCCAAUUUCCUUGAAAGAACUAACGCGUUCUCCUCCUCUUGUUCCGCCGCCUCCGCCGUUCCUAAAACCCACCAAGUUCUUGAGUGCUAGCCUUCCCGGUUCUACCACCUCUUCGCCUCGACGCAGCAGCCCCAAGAGCAAGAAGAAAUGGAAACACCAAGCCCAACUAGUCAUUGAUCCCCUCUCCCGCCAACACUCUGCUGUGCUCUCCCGCCUCGCUCACCUGCAACAACUAAAUCAGAUCCGGCGGAGUAAAUCAUGCGGCGAGGGCCGAGCAACCGCGCCUUGCGACGAUCUCGAUCUAUGGUUAUUCAAAAAUUCAAAUAAUAUUAUUAGCCUCAACGACACCAGCAGCAACAAGAAGACGACCAAGAAGAAGAUGAAUAUGAUCAGCAGCUUCGGCAAGACCGAACAUAAGAAGCCGCCGGAGAGUGGCGGCGACGACAUAGAAUCUUCUUACGACGAGAAAUUCAAAUGCGGCGCUCUGUGCUUGUUCCUGCCUGGCUUCGGCACAAAGCUGGUGAAACCAAAAGCCAGGGAUGAAACUGAACCGCCGGCUCAUGUGAUCUCGAAGAGAAUCUCCCUCGAGAAAUUCGAGUGCGGUUCGUGGACGUCGUCGGCGAUUAUAAUGGAGGCCGACGGGGUUGGAGAUUCGGGAAGCAAUCUCUUCUUUGAUCUUCCGUUGGAGCUGAUCCGAGAAGGCGUGAACGAUGCAGAUUCGCCUGUCAAGGCGGCGUUCGUCUUCGACGAUGACAAGGCGGAUCGGAAGGGGGUUCUGAAGACAAGCACGGCGAGAAAAGCGACGUCGUCGACUCGGCAUGUUCAUUUCUCUGUUUCAUCGCCGACUUCUUCGUCGUCGUUGUCUCCGGCAACAUCGAACCCUACCUCUCCAGCUUCUUGCAUCACUCCUCGAUUGCGCAAAGCCAGGGAAGAGUUCAAUGCCUUCUUGGAGGCACAACAAUCCAGUAUUUGAUAUUUGAUACUUGUGGUGUGGGGGAUGUUUUAUAUUUAAAUAUAUAAAAUAUUAAUGCAAUGCAAA